AUGCCGCACACAGGUCAGGCAGGAGUCAACCAGUUAGGUGGGGUGUUCGUGAACGGACGGCCCCUCCCGGAUUACGUACGUCGACGGAUCGUAGAGAUGGCGUUAAUGGGCGUCCGUCCGUGCGACAUCUCCCGGCAGCUGCUGGUCUCCCACGGGUGCGUCUCCAAGAUCCUGACGCGGUUCUACGAGACGGGCUCCAUCAAACCCGGGUCUAUAGGAGGGAGCAAACCCAAGCAAGUAGCCACUCCGACGGUGGUGAAGAAGAUCCUGAGGCUGAAGCAGGACAACCCCGGGAUGUUCGCCUGGGAGAUCCGGGAACAACUGUCGUGUCAGAGGGUGUGUGACACGGCCUCCCUCCCCUCUGUCUCAUCCAUCAACCGCAUCUUGCGAAACUCCGGCCUCUGGACCCCUCACGAGGCCGCCGCCGCCGCCGCAGCCGCCUCAGCCGCCACCGCCACGGCCGCCGCUCCUAGCCACGCCGCUGUCACCGCCGCCGCUGCCGUGGCUGCCGCUGCCGCUGCAGGAUCUCCCUACUACGGCGCCGUGCUGUUCCCCGGGUCUGGUGUAGGUAGUGAUGUCCCGACCUCUACCGUGGGCAUGGACGCGGGUGUCAGUCUGGCCCUUGCCUCUCUCAUGCCACCCACGCUACCUCUACUGCCUCAUGCAGCCGCCGCCGCCGCUGCUGCAGCCGCCCUCAUCCCCUACCACCAUCACCACCACCACCAACACCACCACCAACAAGGAGUGUCUUCUGAUUAUGUCACCCCUGGGCCGAGUGUUUCUGUCGCGGCCCAGCAACUCCCUCCUCGACACAACCUCCUCCCCCGGCCUCUUGUACCUCCCCGGCCGCCCAGGACCUCAGUCUUUACUGUGGAGGAGUUACUCAAGGACAAGAGGCCGGCCUCACCCGAAGUAGAGGUUCGAAGUCAUUUCCCCGUGAUAGUGUCUAGUCUGUAUGGUACCCGCGCGCCACCGCCCUCACCACCACAGCCUCACACAGACGACUCCAACCAGUGCCAGCAACCGUCUUCUACCACACCCUCACACGCCCUCAACAACACAAGCCAGCCGGAGUACAAGGAGAAGCCUGAUAUAAGAGCCAUUUAUGUGUGUUCUGGACGAAGACUUAACGCCAGUAUGUUCAAAUAA